GUCAAUUUUUUAAUUCAUCUGACAUUUAUUUUCUCAUCUUUUUUUUUUAAUAACUAUAUUAAUCUAAAAGUAAAUUAUAAAGUGUUCGAUGGACUUCUCAAAAUAUGAUGAUCCUUAAUAAUUUGGUUUCGCCAAUCUUUUUUUCAUAUCAAAAUUAUCUCAUUUUUUCUUCAUUUUCCCUUCUUUCCUGAUCUAACCCCACUUCUGAAUUAGCCCUUUUUAAUUUAAGUGUGAUGCAUGAUUUUCCUGGUGUUAUAUAUGCAAGUUAUAGUGUCCCUCCAAAUAUCACCUCUUACCAACAAACACCGUUAACCUUAGAACAGCACCACCAUGGCUCCCUCACUCUCUUCCAAGAAGCACCCACUCUACCGAGGAAUCCGUUCCCGGGGAAGAAAAUGGGUCUCCGAAAUCCGCGAGCCGCGCAAGGCCUCCCGCAUAUGGCUCGGCACCUUCCCCAAGCCGGAGAUGGCCGCCGCCGCCUACGACGUCGCAGCAUUGGCCUUGAAAGGCGACGGCGCUGUUCUCAACCUCCCUCACUCCGUUUCCAAGUAUCAAAUCCCUGCAACCAACUCUGCGGCGGAUAUCCGCACUGCUGCCUCCGCUGCGGCCGCAAUGAUGAAGGCUGAAAUUGAAGCUUCCCACAACAUUGCAUCACAAACUGAAACUACCCACAUCGAUGCGACAACCUGGAGGUUUGAAAAUGAUUUCCUUGACGAGGAAGCCAUUUUCGGCAUGCCAAGUCUUCUGGUUGACAUGGCCGGAGGAAUGCUUCUGUCGCCGCCCAGAAUGAGCCCGCCACCGUCCGAUAACUCGCCGGAGAAACAAGCUGCAGAGACUUUGUGGAGUUAUUUUUGACUUACGAACUUCAGAAAACCUGUGUAAAUUGAGAACAAGGGCAUGCUACUCUUUUUGCAUGUCUACUGUUCUACUAAAGAUGUUUCAUAAAUGUUUUGAUUAAGGUUUUUUAAAAUCAAUGUAUGCUAAUAUUUUUAAGGACAAUGAGAUUUUAAUAAUUUUUUUACGUGUGAUUAUUUCAUUGGUUUGUAUAUUUGAA